GUCAUCUCUGUACUGUCCGCAGUCUCUGGUCAUCCCUGUGCUGUCCGCAGUCUCUGGUCAUCCCUGUGCUGUCCGCAGUCUCUGGUCAUCCCCUGUACUGUCCGCAGUCUCUGGUCAUCUCCUGUACUGUCCGCAGUCUCUGGUCAUCUCCUGUACUGUCCGCAGUCUCUGGUCAUCCCUGUGCUGUCCGCAGUCUCUGGUCAUUCCUGUACUGUGUCCGCAGUCUCUGGUCAUCCCUGUGCUGUCCGCAGUCUCUGGUCAUCUCCUGGUCAUCUGUCCGCAGUCUCUGGUCAUCUCCUGUACUGUGUCCGCAGUCUCUGGUCACCUGUACUGUGUCCGCAGUCUCUGGUCAUCCCUGUACUGUGUCUGCAG